CUGUAGUCCAGCCCAUCAUUCCAUCCAAACCAGAAGGACUUGCGAUCAAGCGCGAGCGCUUGAGAAAUGGCGGCCGGUGGCUUCGUAGCAGGCGACAGCCGUGUGCAGGAGUACGGCGGCCGCAUGACUUUCUCCGUCGUGGUGACCUCCCUCAUGGCCGCCUCUUGCGGCCUCAUCUUCGGCUAUGACUCUGGCGUCACAGGUGGCGUGACACAAAUGGAAUCGUUCCUGAGCAAGUUCUUCCCGGAAGUGCAGAGCAGAAUGAAGAGCCCGAAGCGUGACGCAUACUGCAAGUACGACAACCAGUGGCUCACCGCCUUUACAUCGUCCUUGUUCAUCGCCGGCACUCUAUCAUCGUUGGUGGCGAGCCGAGUCACGAGGAGUGUGGGCCGCCAGGCAAUCAUGCUGAUUGGCGGUGUCAUGUUCCUUGCCGGCUCGAUCAUCAACGCCGCGGCCGUCAACAUCGCCAUGCUCAUCAUCGGCCGGAUUCUACUCGGUUUUGGUCUUGGGUUCACAUUACAGGUAUAUAUGGAGGCCCAAAAAUACAAUAUAAUUGCGGCCCUGGGGUAUUUUGAGGCCCAAUACCGACCAUCUCCUUUUUUAUGCAUACUGACCAUCUCUUUCUUUUUACCGCAGGCAGCUCCUGUGUACCUCUCUGAGACAGCGCCGGCGCGGUGGCGAGGCGCAUUCACGUCGUCGUACAACACGUUCGUCGUCAUCGGCAUACUGUCCGCUACCAUCACCAACUACUUCACCAACCGCAUCCCUGGCUGGGGAUGGCGCCUCUCCCUCGGCCUAGCAGCCGUUCCGGGCGUCAUCAUCGUCGUGGGAGCCUUCUUCAUCCCGGACACCCCCAGCAGCCUCGUCCUGCGAGGCCAGCCCGACCGAGCCCGCGCGGCGCUGCAGCGUAUCCGCGGAGAUGGCACCAACAUCGAUGCCGAGUUCAAGGACAUCGUCCGCGCCGUGGACGAGGCACGCCGGAACAACGUCGGCUCUUUCCGGAGGCUAUUCAGCAAGCAGUACCGGCACUACCUGGCCGUGGGGCUGGCCAUACCCAUCUUCUUCGAGUUCACCGGCAUGAUCGUCAUCGCCGUAUUCUCGCCUGUGCUGUUCCGCACGGUGGGGUUCAACAGCCAGAAGGCCAUACUUGGUUCUGUGAUAAACAGCAUGACAAACUUGGUAGCCACAGUUCUGUCCACCUUCGUUAUGGACCGCACCGGCCGUAGGUUCCUGCUCAUCGUUGGGGGCAUCGGCAUGAUGUUCUGCGAGGUGGCCAUCUCAUGGGUGAUGGCGGGCCAUCUCGGGAAGCACCAAGGGGUGACGAUGCCGCAUGGCUACGCGACCGCUGUGCUGGUCCUCAUCUGCCUCUGCACGUUCAGCUUCGGUGUGUCGUGGGCACCGCUCAGAUGGGUGGUGCCGAGCGAGAUCUACCCGGUGGAGAUCAGGUCGGCCGGGCAGGCCAUGAGCAUCUCUGUCGCACUGUGUCUCUCCUUCGUGGAGUUGCAGGUGUUCAUCGCGUUGCUCUGCGGCAUGAAGUACGGCGUGUUCCUCUUCUACGCCGGCUGGCUUCUAACAAUGACCAUCUUCGUGGCAGCAUUCCUGCCGGAAACCAAGGGCGUGCCGUUGGAAGCAAUGCAGUCAGUGUGGACGGGACAUUGGUACUGGAGGAGGUUUGUCAAGCAGGAUGCCAACCAUGAAAGCCAAAUCACCAGUGUGUCAGCUAAUUAGUAAGUCCAGAUAAAACUGGUUUGGACGUGAUGUGUAAUCUAUUUCAUCAAAUCGUCUUAGUAGUAAAAUUUAUUGUAUUAUUACUAAAAAUGAAGAUGCAAAUGCAAUAUAAGAGGGUGUUGGGUUAGGCUUAAGACCAUCUCCCGGUUCCCAGCAAAAUUUCUGUAUUGGGAGAGUUGGACUAAAACAUGACUUAUUUCCCCUUUGGUGACCACGAAAAACAUUGUAAGUAA